UGAAGCCAUAACAGGAAGUGCUAAGAAUCCAGCAACCAUACACAUUAUCAUGGAUGGUAAAGACAUAAGAGGACAAACAAGGAGUGGGCUGCAUGACAACACUGUUCCCAUACAUAAAACAACUGAACAGGAUCAAAAUGAGAAGGACUAUACACCUACCAAAACAUCAGAAUGGGUGACUCUAAUAAGUAACUGGAAAGUUCCAUGUGUAACUCUUGAUCGUAUUGAGGCCUUGGACAAAAUCGCAAAGUACAAUGCAAAAUGUGGAAAUCUAUUCGCAAUACACUUAUCAAAUAUAAAGUUUGAUACUUUUACUAAGGGAAGACCAUCAAAUGAACCUUGUAAUAAGGUAUUUACAGAGACUUACAUCAUAGAUGAGACAUAUGAACCGAGCAUAGAUAAUAACUCUCUUCUUGAACCAAAAGCAGAGAGCAGUGCCUCAUAUAUUAAACAUGUUAAAAGUGAACCACAUUUAGCAGAAAUAAUCUCAAAUACCAGGAGUGAGUCACAUGAUAUUAGAUGUCAAUCACGAGCAACAAACAUAACUCCAAAUAAAGAGAAUAUCAGUGAAUCAUUUGACAUGAAUAAUGACCUCUAUGCCAAUCUAACUGAUGAUAAGACUAAUGCCAAUAAUAAAAAAACAGACACUAAUACAUCCAUUACUUCAAAUAUUCCAGACUCAUUAAGUUACAUUCCAAUAUGUAUCAAAGAAGAGGAAGACAAAAGUGACAUCAACCUAAAAGAUGGAAGUGAAAUUAUUAUUGACAAACCAGAUAGUCAGACAUCCGAUGCUACAGACAUUUCAGAUUUAAUGAGUUAUAGCCCAAUGUUUAUCAGUGAAGAGGAAGAUAAUUGUAACAUCAACCUGAAAGAUGGAAAU